CGUGUAUACGCAGUAGGUCCUAUCGAAAACACAACACACACGAAUACAAUUGUGGUUGAAAAACCUGCAGAUUUAUCUCUCUUUCCUUAAUAAAGGAGUAAAUGGUAGAAAGGAGAAAUUUGUUUGGUUCUUAUUCGCUUUAAAUUCAUUAUUGUUACAUGAUUUAUUAUCAUAGUCGGUCUUUUUUUACUUUCUUUUAGAUUUUUUGAUCCCUCCUUUGCUUGAGAAAUUCUCGUGCUCUUUCAGACAUUGGCUUGUUCUCGUAUUCCUUCGGUUUCGCUUCUCUUGGUUAUCCGUAAUAUUUCUUUUAAUAUAACAGAAAAUGCUAGGAAAUGGAGGACGUUUUAGGACUAAUUUAAAAUCUGAAAGUAGCGAAUCCCUUCGUUCGAUGCCUAUCAAAUUUCGAGGGUUUUCUCCUUUACAAAAGUCUUCGACAAGUAAUGGCCCGAGUUCGUUGAGUCAUACAUCCAGCGCAUCCUCGUCUGCUGUUUCUUUGGCUGAUAUGGCUGGAAAUAUUGAACGUCCUGAUUCCAGUCCCGCUUAUCCCUAUUUUAGAAGUCAGCGACAUGCCUCCUCAAACAGCGAUCUUACUUCUACCGAGGGCAGUCCUUAUCAAGUGCAUUCUACAUCUGCAGACGAUUUUUGUUCCACGCCACAUAAAUCCCGAAAAGAUAAUACAAGCUGGAAAUCUACCGUCAGUGAUCAAUAUUACAAAUUAACUAUUACCCCACAUGAUUCCCUUAGUCGGAGCAGCUACUCUCAUAUGCGUGGGAGUAGUGCAAGCCUUAUAACGCCAGUUGCUGAAUAUCCUGAAGGUCCACCUGCUUCGUCGUCAAGGCGUCAUGGAGGCUCCAGAUCUGCAUCUAGCUUGCCUUCUGUUGUCCCUACAAAUUCAGGUUCUGCUUCCGUUCGCCAGCCACAAGUUCAUCCUGCUUUUUUAGCUGAAGUUUCUGCCGAGUUUCGUACGCGUCUCGUAGUAGGGGACCGUGUCAAGGAUGGUUUGCUGUACAAGGAUGCAUUCUUAGGUUGUGAAGCUGUCGACGUGUUAUUGCAAAUUAUUCGAACCAAUGAUAGAAACUUGGCUUUACUUUUGGGACGAGCGUUGGAUUCCCAAAAGUUAUUUCACGACGUUACUUACUCUCAUCGUUUGCGUGAUUCUCGUAAAGAAGUUUAUCAGUUUCGAAGAACUCUUCCACCUCCGGAGGCUAUGGCAUCAAUUUCUCCAGUCAUCGCAUCCUACGAAAAUCAUUUUGUCUAUCCUAAACAAAGAACCUUGACUUCUGACUCUGUCGAUUCCAUCGUUUCUGAGGCUUCCUACGCCCCAUCUUCAUCUGUCCAACAUAACAACCAUACGUCUUACAUGAAUUCCACGAAUCCUUCGACCAAAGGCGUAGAGUCCGAUGAAGAGCUUGAAGCUGCAAAGGAUCCGAAAGGAAUCUUCACAAUCCUUACUGACUGUUACUCUCCAACAUGCAGUAAAAACCGCUUGUGCUAUUCCAUUUCUUGUCCACGUCGCUUAGAGCAGCAAACCCGUUUACAUAUGAAGGUACAGCCUGUUCUUAAACCCGGCGCUUCUUACCUGCUAGAUAAGCAAGAGGAGGAACACCGUCUUUGGGCUGACAAUGUGCCUAAGCAUAUUGUAGAACAAAUAGAUAACCGUGAAUGGAAAAGGCAGGAAGUUAUAUUCGAGAUUAUUUAUACUGAGCGCGACUUCGUUCGAGACAUCGAGUAUAUCAGAGACUUCUGGAUAAAACCCCUAUCUUCUUCUAAUGUAAUUCCAGAAAAGUUCCGACAACCGUUCAUUAAGACAGUUUUUCAUAAUAUUAUGCAGGUGCACGCUGUAAAUUCUAGACUUUCCAAUGCACUCAAUAGAGUGCAGACUUUGCAACCGAUUGUUCAUACUGUUGGUGACAUCUUUUUGGAUUACGUUCCCAAGUUUGAACCUUUUAUUAGAUAUGGGGCUAAUCAAACUGUUGCAAAAUUUGAGUUUGAGAGGGAAAAGGGCUCUAAUCCCACCUUCGCAAGGUACACUCAUGAAGUUGAAAGGCUUCGUGAGUCAAGAAAGUUAGAACUUAAUGGAUACCUAACAAAGCCAGUAACAAGAUUGGCGAGAUAUCCGCUUUUGUUAAAUGGAGUUCUAAAGUACACUGAACAGGAUAACCCGGAUUUAGAGAAUAUCCCAAAAGUAAUCGAAAUGCUACGGGAAUUUCUAACGAAGCUGAACUACGAAACCGGUAAAACUGAGAAUCGUCUUGCUUUGCUCCAACUUAAUGAGCAGCUUUCAUGCAGUGACUUUGAAAGACAACGCCUUGGUUUACUUGAUGAAUCUCGAUUACUUAUUUUCAAGGGAACCGUCAAACUAAAAGCUAGUGGAUACGCCUAUGAUGACACGGAAGGUGGCAUACAUAUGUUCCUUCUGGAUAACUAUCUAUUAUUGACUAAAUUGAAGCAUGGGUAUAAACGCCAGCAACAUAAGUUGCAACUGCGACCACUUCCUUUAGAACUGUUGGUCAUUUCUUGCAUAGACGAUACUUCAUCUCGUGGUUCAGUUUCUCGUCGUCCAUCUUCUACUAUAUUAACUAACCCCAUUUUAAUUGCGAAAGGUUCUUCAUCUUCACCUAUGAAAUCUUAUGGCCUACAUUUACAGCUUCUUGGCUCCCGCGGUUUUCAAAUCGACUUUUACUUGAAUACCCUGAUAGCGCGUGACCAAUGGAAACAGCAUAUAGAGCGCCAACAGCAAACAUUGUUUACAAAACGAUUAAUUUUUGAGACAGUCGGUCUUUGUAAUGAAACUUAUUUUUUUAAUAACAAGAUUACUUCUGCAAUCACUUAUGAUGCUGGGCGGAAGAUAGUUUUUGGCACUUAUAGAGGUAUAUAUAUGUCGUUACGGAAAGGUAGUAAUGGUGUUUGUCUCGGACCACGAUUGAAGAUUCCGAUAACAAACAUCUCGCAAGUUGAUUUGAUUGAAGAACAUAACUUGCUGCUCAUUGUAGCUGAUAGGACGCUAUAUGAGUGUUCUCUUGAUUUGCUUACCAAUGCAGAACAAAUCAGCGUGAAGAGCCUUCGUCGUAUCACAGGCCAUGUGAGCUUUGUGAAGAGUGGAUUUUGUUUGCAAAGGGUGCUUGUAUGUGCAGUAAAAUCUACGGUGUUAAGCACAACUCUCCGAAUUUUUGAAGCCGGUAAUACGUCGAAGAGUAAGCGGUCUCAGUCAUUGAAAAAACCGUUUGGAGGCUCUACGACACUAAAGAUAUUCACUGAAUUGCAAAUGCCAAUGGAAGCACUCUCUAUUCACUUUUUAAAGACAAAGCUUUGCGUUGGCAAUACGAAAGGGUUCGACAUAGUCAGUCUCGAAAGUGCAGUGUUUCAAUCAUUGUUAAAUCCAGCGGACACCUCAUUUCGAUUUUUGGAAAAGAAGGAGAAUGUACGUCCUAUUGAAAUGUUUAGAUUGAAGGGUGAAUUUUUACUAUGCUAUUCCGAGUUUGCAUUCUUUGUAAAUACGAAUGGAUGGCGUAGUCGCCAAGGUUGGUUGAUUCAUUGGGAAGGACAACCGUCAAGUUUUGCACUUUGUUAUCCUUAUCUACUAGGUUUUGAGCAAGAUUUUAUUGAAGUUCGACAUGCCGAAACAACAGAGCUUGUUCAGAUAAUUAAAGGACAUAAUAUCAAGCUUCUGACAGACGGUCGGGGCCUGAUCAGCGAAGGUGGAGAAAUCUUGUAUAGCACCGAAGGAAGUUCACUGAUUAAUCCGGAUGACACAGAUGUUGUUCGUUCUUUGAUUCUUCCAACUCGUAAUGCAGCUGGCCCUGCUUUGUAAUAUUUACCUCUUCUUUGAUGUUUAAUAAGAGGAACGAAAUACAUAAAUGAUAGUUCAAUGUUGUCAUUCGUGAUUUCCUUCGUUGACCGUCCUGGUGGCUUCUUCUAUUGUUUGGUCAUACCUUUUAAUGUUUUUUUAUUGUCUUAUUGGUUGCAUCUUAACGUUCCAGAAUUUGCAUUUUAAUAUUCUUUCUUUGAACACUUAAUUAUUUACAACACAUGUCAACUUCCAUUUGCAUUCACAGAUCACUCUUUUACAAGGACAUCGUGUUGAGAAGAUGGAAUCGUUAGACACACGUUUUGACUUAGUUGCACAUACUAGUUUGUGUAUUGGUAUCAUUCUAUUUUCAAUAAAAAUUAUUUGCAUAUUUCUAGCAAUGUUCUACUUUAUCCAGUGGACAUUGUCAUUAGCACAGCAUG